CUAGUACCGAGGCUACCUAGCCUAUCACUCAUAACAGUUAGAGUUACAGGAUUUGGCAUCCUUUUGUCGUGUAAAAAAUAAGAUAAAAAAAAACUAGAAAAAAAUCCUCUUGUCAUAUUUAUGAUUCGCCCAGAGAUUUUCCUUGAGGAUAUGGCUAUUUGACCCUAGCUAGUGAUGCGGACCAACAUCAAUUUACAAAGGCCUUGGCGUUACCCUUUGAAGCAUGCAAUUCUAUGGAGCCAGGUAGUAAGGAACAUAGUGAACGUGAUCCCUGAGUUCUGUCCAGUGAAAUAGACUUACUGGUUGAUGCGGUAGGUGACAGGACCUGACGGGAGCAGAUGGCACCCUCAAAAAUUCCGGGGUAUCUAUAUAUCCCGAUAUUACACUACAAUGAAAAGAUGCUAGCCAUGUUAUCACUGUUGUGGAUGGCUUUCUCUGUGAUAAUGCCUUGAUGAUAGCUUGGGGUGAUGCAGUGUGGCAGAGAAACGAAACAUUUGAAUCGUCAGCAGGAAGAUAUAGUAGCAGUAGUGUUUUUUAGGGCUUAGCCAGAAGAUUACAAGGAUGCUCUGAUCUGGAUGGAAAGAACAUUUAAUCGGCAUGUGGAGGAAAACAAGGCAGUCACACUUAUUAAUCCAAAGUGCAUCCUCAGGCAUUAAAGGCCAAAUGAACCAAAAUUUAGACAUCUUUUCAUCAGCCAUUUUAUAGCGACGAAAUGGUAAAAAACAUGUAAAUGGAAACUUACGCAGAAAUUUUUCUUUCUGAGCGGUGAAAAGGAGUAAAGAAGUUAAAAGUACGAACACAGCCAAUGGCGUCACGAAAAUGUUUCCAAAGUGACCGCGCUUUUUAAUGGGGGGAAUGGAACUGAGACUCUGCUUUGUGACGUCAUUGUUGUCUUGAACAUUGCAGCGUUUCUUCGUCAGUGAGUCUUUCGUGGGGAAGGUUUUGGAUCUAAAAACAAACCUUAUUUUACUUGGGAAUGGCCAAGGAGUUCGCCCACUGUUCGGCGGGCAUUAUUUGCUUGUUUUUCGUUGUUUUUUGUCCAAUCGCCGACUUGGAACGUUCCAUAGUGAAGUUAAAAAGCGUCGGUACCGUGUGUUUCUUGACUACAAGUUGAUGAAGCUUGAAAGAGGGUCUCAACAAACUCCUCACUACAAGAUUUUGUUCGAAGCUGUCUUCAGUAAAGUGUUUUACACAAACGCCCGAAUGCUCCAAGGGCAUGAAGCAUUCUGUUUUCAUUUUUAUAAGUCAUUCUCUUUUAAGUUUUGGGUCCUGGGGGAACUCGAAAGUGCUAACUUUUGAUUUUGGGUGGUUUUCCUCUGAAGUUCACUGUGAACUUGAAACCAAAACAGUUUCAAAUUUCCCGCAUUUCUUGAGCUCACCAACAGUGACGUUACAAGUUUUAUUUCCAACAAUUAUCUGACAAUUUUCCCGACCGCUUUACGAUUAUGAAGGAUAAAAAACAGUGAUUUAAACAUUCCAAUAUCUCUCAGAUGAAAAAAUGUCUAAAUUUUGGUUCAUUUGACUUUUAAAUUGAGUAUGGAGCCGAACAGCAGACUAGAGGAAUUACAACAUGGAUGGGGGUGAUCUCCAUGUCAACACUGAAAGGACCACUCGUGGCAGGAUGCUCAAAGUGUUAUAUCAUGUGAGGUUUACCAGAACCAGAAUUAGAACCUUAUCCAUUCAACCUCGUUCCCAGGUUCUACACCCUGGGAAUGCCACUGCUUAUGAAUUAUGGUUUUGUGUUCACAUUUGGGCCUUUAUUUAUCUUUUAGUGUCAAUGCUGUAAUUAAAUUUAACAAAUGUAAGAAGAAAAAGAAAUGAAAAGAAAAAGUUGUAUUGUAAGGGUAUGUAGGUUAAACAAUGCACAUGUAAAUAUAAGUAAUCUUCGGCUGUGUCCAAUUAUCUUAUCACCAUGGUUAGGCAGCAAAAGGUAAGCUCUAGUUUAACUUUUUCGCUUACCUUUCGUAGAAUUCACAGAACCGGUCGAGAUGUUGAGUCUUGUAGUUUAUGCAGCAGCAGAAAGUGGGGCUCAACAGUUUAUUGAAAUGAUUUUCACGUCUCCGGCUGGAAGAGUAGUCUUCGAUGUGUACAAGAAAAAACCGGUGCUGCCCGAGGUUAUUGCCAAGGAUCAUGGCAACAAGGAGACUGCAAAGUACCUUGAAGGGAUAACCAAAAGAUUUUCUGAGGAGAUUGGGACUGGUGAAGAAUGCUCUCAGACAAUCGAUUGGUCUGAACUCGUGAAAGCUGCUGAGGCAGCAGAAGAACAGCUUGAUCUUACUAGUGAAAAAGAUGAUCAAAUUGACAAGGAUACCCCCAAAGAAACUGGCUAUUUAGGAGACAUUGACACAUCCUCCAGUGAAUCAUCGGAGGCUCAAAGCUCGGAUUCUGAUGAUGAUAUUUCAAAAACGUCAAGGAAAGAAAUUCAGAUGAAGGCAGAGGAGUGCAAACAACCAGUUUGGGAGCAUGGAGAUCACGCUAUUGAGGCCAAUAAGGCAAACCUAACCCAACGUCCGAUUUUGUUUCUCAAAGAUGGAGCGUUUCCAAGAGGCAAAGCAAAUGUUAUAUCCUAUUUUAAAACAAAGACACUCAAAUGGAAAGAAAAUAGUCUCCACCUGAUUCAAGCCAGCCGUUUUCAAAAAGCUCACAAUGUACGGCAAGUAAAAUACCUCCAUGGUCCAGGUAUUUCCUUCCUUCUGGGUUUAGGCAACGAACCAGUCCAGCAUCAUCUCAUCACAGCAUAUCAAAGUUUGGGCUACUUGCUGGCGUUAAGUAGAGAAAGAAAUGAAUAUUACAAGAUGCAUAAUGGCACAGCUGAAGAUCACCAGUCUUUGGAAAAUUUAAGCACUACUGCGGGAAACAACGGGGACUACAAGGCGAGUAGGUUGGACGCCUUACAACAGCUUUGCUGCAGACUAAUUUAUGGAGAAUGUACAGCUACAGCAAACAGUGAGGAUCUCACUGUCAGAAGGAAAUCAGCUGAGUGUUGGAUGGAGCAUUGUCAAUCUGCCGCCCCUUACUUUUGGGUGCUGACUUACGUAUUUCGUCCAACAAGGAAGAUUUUGUUUGUUUAUGUUGCAGACAGCAAAGACGUCUUUCCUCUUGCGUCAUGUUUUGAUGAUAGACAAUAUGAGUUGUCAUGGCAGCGUCAGCAGUGGCAGCGUUGUAAAAACAAUGUACCCAAGGUGCAAGAAAUAUUCAAGCUUCCAGAGUUGAAGAGUUCACAGCUUGAUCCACCACUCUUAAAUCCACAAGUCACUCAUGUAGACAAAGUGGUGUGUAAAGAGCAGUCCCUUGCAGUAGAUGAGCAACCCUUCGAUGUUGUGGGAAAGCCGUGCUUUAAGGACCUUUCCUCUGAUCACAAGUCUAAGAACUUUGAAAGAGAUUCUUCUGUUUCCCAGAACAAGAUAGCCCAUAAGACAGAAAGCAAAGAUGAGUUCUUCAUACCCAGUCAGCAGCAUAAAGGCGCCCAAAAGGUUGCAGACAGCAAAGACGUCUUUCCUCUUGCGUCAUGUUUUGAUGAUAGACAAUAUGAGUUGUCAUGGCAGCGUCAGCAGUGGCAGCGUUGUAAAAACAAUGUACCCAAGGUGCAAGAAAUAUUCAAGCUUCCAGAGUUGAAGAGUUCACAGCUUGAUCCACCACUCUUAAAUCCACAAGUCACUCAUGUAGACAAAGUGGUGUGUAAAGAGCAGUCCCUUGCAGUAGAUGAGCAACCCUUCGAUGUUGUGGGAAAGCCGUGCUUUAAGGACCUUUCCUCUGAUCACAAGUCUAAGAACUUUGAAAGAGAUUCUUCUGUUUCCCAGAACAAGAUAGCCCAUAAGACAGAAAGCAAAGAUGAGUUCUUCAUACCCAGUCAGCAGCAUAAAGGCGCCCAAAAGGUUGCAGACAGCAAAGACGUCUUUCCUCUUGCGUCAUGUUUUGAUGAUAGACAAUAUGAGUUUUCGUGGCAGCGUCAGCAGUGGCAGCGAUGUGAAAGCAAUGUACCCAAGGUGCAAGAAAUAUGCAAGCUUCCAGAGUUGAAGAGUUCACAGCUUGAUCCACCACUCUUAAAUCCACAAAUCACUCAUGUAGACAAAGUGGUGUGUAAAGAGCAGUCCCAUGCAGUAGAUGAGCAACCCUUCGAUGCUGUGGGAAAGCCGUGCUUUAAGGGCCUUUCCUCUGAUCACAAGUCUAAGAACUUUGAAAGAGAUUCUUCUGUUUCCCAGAACAAGAUAGCCCAUAAGACAGAAAGCAAAGAUGAGCUCUUCAUGACCAGUCACCAGCAUAAAGGCGCCCAAAAGAUAAACAAUGAUAUCGACGUGCUCGUCUCUGACAGUUGGCUUUCUUUUGCACAGUUUCACGACGUGAAUGAAGACCUGGAAGGUUUAAGUGCUGUGUCACUGUGUUACGACUGUGUUACUAAGAAUAUAAUCAGACCUACGAAUACCAACAGCAAACUUUGCCUGAGUGAAUGGGUAAUAUACCUUGGUGACAGUUUGGCGAAAAACACUUCAUUAACUACUCUCGGACUAACAAUUGACAACUGUGACAAAUUAUCCUUGAGUGAAGACUGGGCAAAAGGUCUGGAUGAUGGUUUGGCGAAAAACAAGUCACUAACUACUCUCAGCCUAACAAUCAACAGCAGCAAGCUUUCCAUUAGUAAGGAUUGGACAAAAGGUCUGGCUGACGGUUUGGCGAAAAACACGUCAUUAACUACUCUCAGCCUAACAAUCAACAGCAGUUACCUUUCCAUGAGUGAAGACUGGUCAAAAGGUCUGGCUGACGGUUUGGCGAAAAACACGUCAUUAACUACUCUCAGCCUAACAAUCAACAGCAGUUACCUUUCCAUGAGUAAAGAUUGGACAAAACGUCUGGCUGACGGUCUGGCGAAAAACACGUCAUUAACUACUCUGAGCCUAACUAUCAACAGCAGUGAGCUUUCCAAGAGUGAAGACUGGACAAAAGGUCUGGCUGACGGUUUGGCGAAAAGCACGUCAUUAACUACUCUCAGCCUAACAAUCAACAGCGGUUACUUUUUCAUGAAUGGGGAUUUGACUAAAGGUAUGGGUGACGGUUUGGCGAGAAACACGUCAUUAACUACUCUCAGUCUUACAGUCAACUGCAGUGAGCUUUUCAUGAGUAAAGACUGGACGAAAGGUUUGGGUGACGGUUUGGCGAAAAACACAUCAUUAACUACUCUUAGCCUGACAAUCCACAGCAGUAUCCUUUACAUGGGAGAAGAUUGGGCAAGACAUCUUGCAGAUGGCUUGGCGAAAAGCAAAUCAUUAACCACUCUCAAUCUAAGAUUUAACAAUGACGGUUUCGCGAACGAAGACUGGGCGAAAGGCCUUAGUAAAGGUCUGGCCAAAAGUACGUCUUUAAGUACUGUCACCCUUAUAGUCAAUGGUGACAGUUACAGCGGUGAGGAAUUGUUCAAACGUGUCGGUCUCAGCUUGGGAAAAAGCAGCUUAUCAUCUUUGGUUACUUUGUGCAAUGACAGCCAACUUCUCAAAAGCAGAAACUUACGAACAGCCGCUGAUUUGGAGGAAUGCACCUUGGUUUCCUUUCCUGUGAUCCCCUUUGAUUUUGAAGAACGCGAAACCGAUGAAAAUUAGAAGAAACAUACAUUAGGCAAACUAACACUGUUUAUGUUAAGAAAAGCCGUAUUCGGAUUUCACUGACUAAUUUCAGUCGCAAGGUUAGAUUUCCGACAUAUCCAAAGCUCUUAACUAACCCUUGAUAUAAAUUUUUAUUUCUUUGUCAUAAG